CAGUCCCUGGGUGCAGAGGAGAAGAGAGAACCCCGGGAGAAAGAUCCUAAUUGGCAAUCCGGUCUUAUCAUGAGACUAUCUCUGCUACUUUCUGGUAUCUUGCUGGGGCUGCUGGCAGACCAAGGGGCAGGGGAUAAGUGUCCCCGGAAGAAGUCUGUUACACUGGUACCAUCGUUCACGGUGACGACCAUAGCCACAGAGAGGAGUACCACCAGCCCAGAAACCACCACGAGACAUGGGAGGACAGCCACAACCCACAGGACCUUCACAACUACCACUACCCCCCAUAGUAACAGAACUGCUACCAGUUAUCCAACCACAAGUGAAACAACAGCUAUCACCCAUGGAACUACUACCAGCUCCAGAAACACCUCAACCAUCAGCCCAUCACAAUCCGUGCCAGUCCCACCUUUCCCCAAACCCACCUCUGGCCCCAGUGGGACUGUUGGAGACUACACUGGGGCCAAUGGUUCCCAGCUCUGUGUUCGCCUCCGGGCUCAGAUCCAGAUGAGGGUCCUGUACCAGGGCCAUGGUGGAGGAAAGCUUUGGGGCAUUUUUGUCCUGAACCCCAAUAGAACAGUUCCUCAAGGAAGCUGUGAGGGGAACGACUCAAGCCUAAUUCUCUCUUUUCCUGAUGGAAAACUCAUCUUUGGUUUCAAGCAGGACUCAAUCAAGAAAACUGCCUACCUGAGCUGUUUGGAGACAGAGUUCAAUGCGUCCUUCCCCUCCUCAGCCCGGUGGACAUUCUCGGCAAAGAAUUCAUCACUCCAGGAUCUCCAAGCACCACUGGGUCAUAGCUUCAUUUGUAGAAAUAGAAGUAUAGCCAUCUCCCCAGAGAUCCACCUUGACUUGCUAUCGCUACAGCUGCAGGCGGCUCAGCUUCCCCCAAAUGGGGCCUUUGGCACAGCUUUCUACUGCUCUGCCGAGCACAACAUCCUCGUGCCUCUUGUGGUGGGUCUCGUCCUGCUCGCUCUCCUCAUCCUGGUGCUUGGUGCCUUCUGUAUCUCCCGAAGACGCCCACCGGCCUACCAGCCCCUCUGAAAGCUCCCGCUUCCCUUAUUUCCUUGGCUGGAGACAUCCCUGUACCCCUCUCCCACCCCAAGGUGACUCCUUCACUCUUUUUCCAUUUUCUCUACCUCCUUAGUUCUAGGAUAGAUCUGCAAUUCUCUACCUUGGGGAGGUGGGGAGAGAAGGGGGAGACUUCCAAAGGCAGAAGGAGAGGCAUUGUGAGCAAGGAGAGUCUUUAUUGGAUUUGACGGAAGCACCUUCCCAGAACCACAUGAGAUACAUGCAUUUUCCUUAACUUCUCCACUUCUGCAAUGAUUAAAGAUCACAAUGGCUUUGCCUUA